UACCAACGCUACCCAGAUCCAACGUAUGUAUGAGCCGGGAGGUGAGCGUGGGGAGGUAGUAGUUGAACUAGCCGAUCCGGUCGCCGACCUAUCUGAUGGGCCAAGUGGAACUUCGAAACAGACAGUUCAGAAGGGAGAAUUCAACAGAUGUGGCCGGUGACCCUCGGCGCUAAAUUCAUAAUCCGUAGGUUUCCCCGCAGCUGACCACGUAGGUCAGAAAAAUUGUAGUCUAAAGGAUGAAGAUGAAUUGGCCCAGAUCAUAGGAAAUUACAGAGUUACUUCAGACUUUGAAUGGUUGGAAUUUAAAGCUGAGUUUGAUAGUCACCUACAAAGAUCUGUUUUCAAAGAUGAAAACAGUAAUUCCUUAAAUUCUUUCGAAGAUCAGUCCAAAGAAAUUGAUAUAGCUAUAGAAGACGAAGAUCAAACUUGUUACGAAACGGAGACUCCUGAUUUGCCAGAAUUAUUAGAUCAAUCCCUUGAUGACAGUAUGAGUCAAGAUAAAAAAUUAGAAAAUUUUUCAAGUGACUUGGACUCUGACAGUCUUCUUUCAAGCACUAUGAAUGAUGUGGAAACUGUGUCUACAACAACACAAUAUAACUGUCAUGAAAUGGUUGAAGAAACAGAAGCGUUGGCUACAGAUCGUAUUACCGAAGGAGUAGAUAUAAGAAUAUCUCCUCGAAAUUCUACUGUCGAGUUGAUAAAUUUCCAGGCUGUUGAUGAUUUUUCCUCGGAAUUUUCUCUUGUCGCUGAUGUAGAAGUAAAAAUGGAUGAUUCAUCCAAUGAAGAACGGGUGAUUUCGACCUUUGAAACAACAAUCGGUAACCAUGUCCAAACCAACGGAGAUGCAACCGAAACUCUAAUAAACCUGGAUGACGAUUGCAUAAACAAUGUAAAUGAAACGACAACAAGCGAAAACCACAGCCAAAGUACAUUGAAAUUGUUAAACUGCGACAUCCCAGAAAAGGAAUUCAUUCAGCCUAACAAUAAGAUGUCACAGCCUGUUGAUGGUCCGAAGCGCUCCAACGUAGCAAGAAGAGAACCGAGAAGCGCCGGACCAGUCUCUGCUUUUACAGUUGAAAGCAAAAUUGCUCAGGAAAUAAAGGAAAUGAAACAGCGAGAGGAAGACCUGCGUAAAAUGAGAGAGAUGCUAACAAAAGAAAUGUCAACAAAAUCUGAAAAUACUCAUACUGCAGUUCCGGUUGCAAAAAAAGAAACGAUUAAGCAGGCUAAAGAGAUCGUAAAACCAGAAAAGGAAAAGCCACCUCCUGCGAAAACUCAAGUUCAUACAGUAAAUGGUGGACAGAGUUAUAAUAUAGCUUGCGUAUUUGGUCAUAAGCGCAAAGAUGUUGCUAAAAGCACCGAAACCACUCCUAAAGCUGAUAAAAAAUCAAGUGCCACUUCUACUUACGAAUCGCCUAUCGAAAAAGAGAUUAGAAUAGUUAAACAAAGAGAAGAAGAGCUUAAAAGGGAAAGAGAACAAGCUUUGAAAAUUAAAAUGCAGUUAGAAUCUUGUCAAUUAAAUGCUGACUUAAGCGAUGAUGACAAAGAAACCAUUGAUACUUUUGCCUCUGUAAGCAUUUGUAGCGACUCAUCUUUUGAUUCAGGGACUAAAUUAACAACACCUGAGCAAAAGCCUUUCGAUGGUUCUCUCUCACCAACAAGCAUGAACAAUAAAAUCAAUGAAAUGUAUUGCAACUCAUCCAUUGCCGAAAGUAUUUGCUCUCUUGACUCCAUCUCUCAGAGUGAACGUGGUAUUAAUGUUAAUGGACUCCAAAAAAUGUUUUCCCAAAGUUCUUUGAAGAACUCAACUUUUCAUAGUAAUUCGAUGAGAUCUCCUUCACCUGAUUCGACGAGCAGCUCUUCCAUCUCGAAGAUCAGUUUUCCUUUCGCUGCUCAGAAAUCAGGUUCAAUCGUUCAGAGCAAAAAUGUAAACAUGGAGAGGUUUAUCGCCAGCAAAGGAAAGCAAAUUGUUUUCAAAAAUACUUCGCCAAUCAAUGCUGUUGGGAAUAACGAUUACAUGGAAAUAAAGCCACCUCAAAUAAAGAAAAGUGACCAGAAAUCGCAGAGGAAGUUUGUCUCAGCGGCUUCUAAAAUUCAAACAGAAUUACAAGAAAUGAAAGAAAGGGAAGAAGAAUUAAAGAAAGAACGAGCACGGCUCUUGGGUUUGAACGGACAAAUUACGGAUCUAACACCAGAGACAAAAGACGUGAAUCAUAAUACAAAUUCCUCGACGGAUAUCUGCUCCAGUCCAGAUUUCCUAGAGAAUGACAAAGAAAUUCCAAACGAAAUCGAAAAAGAGGAAAUGCAGGAAAUUGCGUUGAACCAAACUAGAAGACGCAGCACUCUGAUCGAAGAGUGGGAACGCAGAAUUCAGAACUCCGGUGUUCAAGUAUGAGAAAUAGUGUAAUUUACAUCGGCAUCGACGAAAGUGAACCUCCAGAUGAUUUGAUCACACCUACGAGAUUAUUUUUCCAUUUAAAUUUAUUUUUAUUAAGCUGUUUCUGUUUUGUUUUUCUUAAUACUGAGGCUAUAAAAUGUGAUUUUUAACAAAAUGGUAAAAGUAUAUGAUGCUUAUUUUUUAAAAGAAAAUUCAUGUAAUGAUGAAUGAUUUAAUGUUUAUUCAUUCUUGUGGUAUCAUGGAAAUAGCUAUUCAAAUCGAAAUAAAUGUUUUGUUUCAA